UCGGCGAUCCACUUUCGCAGGUAUUUCCUAUGGUGAGCUUUGAACACGAACCCUAUCGAUUUCUUUGCAAGAGAAACGAAAGUGGGUGGAACUCGCCGUCUUCACCAAAUCUGAAGCUCUACAAUUCAACCCUCUUUGGCGUCAUUCAAGUCUCCAAGAUUUUGUUGUGCAAUUUCGCGCUUUUGCUCAAAUCUGGAAGUAAACUUUGAUUGCACCGGGGCUAAGAUAGAAUAAAUGUGGAGGAAAUUCAGUGCGAAGGUACGCAGCAGCCUCUAGCAGCAUAAUAAAUGAUUUAUACUGGAAGUUUCCUUUGUCCCGCAUUUGGAGUGAGUCACACGUCAGAAAAACUUUGUUUAAACAUUUCCUUGCCAAAUAUUAACUUUGUUUGAACUAUUAAAGCCGGUGCUCCAGUCAAUCACUUCAGGAAAAAAAUAGGAAAUUGUUGAGGUACAAUAUCUAUAGAGCAGGAGAAGAGAUCAAAGUUUAAAUACCUCUACAGAACGAGGAGAAGAAGAGUGAAAUUAUGAAUGAUAGAGCAGUAGUUAUUGGAAACUAGUUCAAGUCUGUGAAUAUAGGAGUAGUUAUUGGAAUCUAGUUCAAGUCUGUGAAAUAUAGCAGUAGUUAUUGGAAGUUAGUUUAUAGCAGUAGUUGUUGGAAGCUAGUUCAGGUCUGUGAAUAUGGCAGAACUGUUGAUACCUGUGGUUGCGGAGGCGGUGUUCUCCAUCGCGUUGAAUGAAGCAAUUAAGCAGGUGAUUAAGCUCAGAGACAAAACAAAGAGAGUGCUUCAUUUCAAGCAAGACAUUGAACAACUGGCUGAUCAUCUGAAGAGGCUCCGUGUCAUUCAGAAGAGUUCAAUGCCUGACUAUAAACGAUAUGAAGUCAGCCCUUAUGCUCAAAAUCCGCGGCAUAAGAAAUUGGUAAAAGCCAUUUAUAAAAUUGCUCAAGAUGCAGAGGAUAUUAUACAAGAUUGUCAACAUCCGAGGAAUUGGUGGCACAAAUAUCUCCUACCAUUCCAUGUGAGCGCAAGGAUCAAAUCUAUCCAGCAACAGAUUGAAAUCUUGGAGAUCAAAGGCAUUCAAAAUGGUGUGGAAAUGAUGGAAGGUAGAGCUGCGGCUGAUCCUCCCAUGAUAGAAUCUGCAAAUGGGGUCCUGUCUAUUUCUAUCUCAACCCGCUUUGAGUCGACCACUGGUGAAUUCCGGCGGACAACUCUAAGGCUGGCAAGUAUGAGAAGAAAUUCCAUUAAACGAAGAUCGCAGCCAAUAGAUGUGGAUCCGAUUGGGCUUCAUGAUCAGAUUAGUGAGAUCCAGAGCCUGCUACUUGAGGAUGAAGAACACAAUAUGCUGGGCAUCCACGGCAUGGGGGGUGCAGGAAAAUCCCUACUGAUGAAGUGCGUGUGGAGCAGCGAAGAUGUUCAGAAUUCAUUUGAGAAUGAUGCCCUAAUUUGGGUAACAGUCUCCACCGGUCAAAUAUCUUGGUUGCAGAGGACUAUUGCUGAGCAAAUUCACAUGACCUUCGACCAGACUUGGACAGAAGAAAAGGGCAAAACUGAGAUCUUUAGGCAUCUGGAGACAAAGAGAUUCUUCCUGGUCUUGGACGGAGUGUUGCCCAACGAAAGUGAUCGCUUCUUAUCCCAUCUAGGAGUGCCGCCCAACAAUUCGAACGGAUCAAAAAUUGUUGUGAUUUCCCGUCAUAAAAGUGAUUUGAAAAAAAUUAGCCCAGAUAUGCCCUUGAUCUCUGUAGAGCUCUUGUCAGAAAAAGACAGUUGGAAGUUGUUUAAGAGAUAUGCUUUUGGAAGCUCUACCAUUGAAUCGACUCUUCUGCCAGAGGUAUUGGACACUGCAAAGAAGAUAGCAAGCAAAUGCCACGGACACCCUUUGGCACUCAAGGCCUUCGCUGCCGCCAUGGCUGGACAGACAGAUCCUCGGCAAUGGCGGCUCGCUUUGGGACAGACCGAAGCCGAUUAUAGUUUCUUUGUCAAUCAUACCGACGCUGAAAGACGCAUUUUUGAGUGUCUUCGCUCCAGUUAUGAAUCUCUCUCUCCAAUUCUUAGAAUAGCUUUCCUCUACUUCGCAGCGUUUCCUGAAAAUCAUAAAGUGAGGACGGCAGACUUGAUUGAUCUGUGGACUGCAGAGAGGCUCAUCACUGCCAAAAGUCCUUCCAAGUUGGACGCCCAAGGUCGAUGGCUGUUGAACAUAAUGAUUGAUCGUUGUGUGGUGGAGGGAGUCGAAGCCGGGUCUCUGGACAGAGUGAGAAAAUGCAAGAUGCAUCCCAUGUUCCGCCAUUUGGCUACGCAUAUUCUUGAAAAGGAGGAUGAGGAUGACGAAAGGUGUUUGUUCAGAGCUGGAGAUAAUUUGGCUGAGUUCCCUUCCAAGGAGAUCAGCCAACACAAGCACCAACGGAUCUCUCUUAUGUACAAUCGCAUAACUUGUCUCCCUGAAGAGUUCAAAUGCCGCGGACUGCGUUCUCUGAUCCUCCGACACAGUGAACGCCUUUCUGUCAUUCCGCCCGGCUUUCUCAAGGGAUUGACUUGGCUGAGAACGCUCGAUUUGAGCAUGACAGGGAUCGAAUCCCUGCCCAUCACUCUGGGACGCCUGAAAAGGCUGGAGUAUCUCAAUCUCUCGCGGACCAAACUGAAAUGCUUGCCUGUAGCCGUCACUCGCCUACAGAGGCUGUUGUCUCUCAACCUCUUUGAAUGUAAAGAGCUGGUCUCCCUUCCCCUUGAAAUGAACAAGCUGGAAGAUCUGCGCUACCUGAACUUGAGGCGUUGUGCUAAGCUGAGGCUCCUUCCGUUCGAAAUAACACAAAUCACUUCACUCCAGUGCCUGAUUAUGGACGGUUGCGACAAUUUACAGUGGAGGCUUCAAAGUUCCCCGCCGGAAAAUACUUCGCAGUAUUCCCAAUUGGAGGAUCUCCAAUCACUCAAGCAUCUAAGGUAUCUGUCAUUUGUCUAUGCGACAGCAGAAAUUCCCCACGACCUUCUCGGCAAAUUUCAGAGCUUGGAGAGGCUGGAGCUCUGCAGAGGCCAAUCGGAGAGUCUUCCAGAGGACAUAAAAGAAAUCAAAACCCUAGAAGAUCUUCGACUGAGCAGACUGCCUCGUUUAGUUCAGCUGCCCCGAUGGCUGAGCAAUCUUGCUGCUCUUAGAAGAAUAACGCUGGAGUACUUGAAUGUGAAGGUCCUUCCACCUGCGAUAUUUGAAACCCUUCCUCUGCUGCGCCUUCUGGAGAUCGAAAACUGCAACGAAUUGACAAAGUUGCCAGAUGAGUUCGGUAAGGAAGAAGCAUUUCCAGCUCUGGAGGAGCUGAGACUGCAGAAUCUGAAAGCGCUCAAGGAGUUGCCAGCCUUAGAGGACAGAAGCAUGAACAUGCUCAAGGAGUUCAGAGUAAGAUUCUGCCAGGAAAUCAAAAAAUUUCCCAAGGGCGUAGAAAACCUAAAGAAAAGUACGAGGAUAGAUAUCGUGGGUUCGUUUGGACUUAUACGCAGCGUGGAAGAUGGGGGCGCUGACAGAGAAAGAUUGAGAGAUUUUCUCGACUCCUUGAACUGUUAGAUCUGCAACUCCUUCACUACUUCAAUUACAUUUCUCUGCCGUCCUUGUUCGUGCAUUGCUUGUAUUAGGUAGAUUCAACACCAAAAACCUCACUUGACCGUAUUUAUUAAUUAAUUGAAUUUCUAUGUGUAUAGAUAAGAUAAAGGAGGGGAUGUAUAGAAUUGUUUUAGAGGAAGCUACAAGUCAUUGACUAAACUUUUUAUAGGUUCCUCUAAAGAGCUAAGUUUCAAGUCACUCAAUUAAA